GCGGUCGGCGGCGGCGGUCGGACGCCAGUCGAGUUCCGAUCGUCGCGGGGCUGUCGCGCUGUCGCCGCGUCGGGCCCAACUCGCGAUCCCAACUUUGAUGCAUUGGAAACUUUUCAACGCAAAUUUUCACUGUGAUCCUCCGGCCGCGCUCGUAGCCCGCUCCCGUUGUCGAUUCGCGACGUGUCCCGGCGUCCGUGAGCGACGCUACAUGCACCGUUGCGCGUGUCUAACGCAUACUCGGUCUAUUUUUGAAUAUUCACUAAACGCUCCGACGCGAAGUUUUCGAAACGCAGCCCGCCGCCGGUGCCGGGUUAACGGCCCCAGUGUGCAACGCGCCUGCACCGCAUCUCUUGUGUUUUUGUUGACGGAUAACAUUUGUGUUGUUAACCUCUUCGGUCAAAACGGUGGGACCUUAUCUGUCUUCAGUUGCGGAGCAUCGAGGAGCCGGCGGGUGCGGGCGGGGGGCGGGGGGCCCGCGCCGGCCUGCUACGACGCCGAGUGCGCCCGCACCGAAGCCUGGCUCGAUGAGAAUCAAGAUUUCGUGCACGACUACUUUUUAAGGAAAGCGACGCGGCAGGUGGUUGACGCGUGGCUGGUAUGCCACGCUACGCCGCCGAGCGCAGAGCUCGCAUCACCCUCGCGUGCCGGAUCUGGAUCCGGUGCUACCACCCCUGUCAGGAAGAUCUCUGCGCACGAGUUCGAGCGCGGCGGUCUACUAAAACCGCUGGUGACGACGGUGGAUGGUACACCCACUUUCCUGGGCGACACGCCGCACGCUGUACCCGCCCGGCCACAACGCCGCUCAAGACACGAGCUGCGGCAACUGGACGAAAAGGAACUCAUAUUUGAACUAGUAAAAGACAUCUGCAAUGAGCUGGAGGUGCGCGUGCUGUGCCACAAGAUCUUGCAGAACGUGUCCAUACUGCUGGACGCGGAUAGAGGCUCGCUGUUCCUCGUGCAGGGGGAAAGAGCCGCCUCACCUCACCCACAAAACGGAAGGUGUCUGGUGUCGAAGCUGUUCGACGUGUGCUCGAAGUCGACGCCGGAGCAAAUGGAGCAGUUGGAAGAGAUCCGGAUCCCGUGGGGCAGCGGUAUCGUCGGCUACGUCGCUGAAAGCGGAGAACCCGUUAAUAUACCUGACGCUUAUAAGGACGAAAGGUUUAACCACGACAUUGACCAGCAAACUGGUUAUAAGACAAGAUCACUCUUAUGUAUGCCGAUUAAAGAUAUCAACGGAGAAGUGAUUGGUGUUGCUCAGGUUAUAAACAAACAGAGCGACGGUCCCUUUACGGUGAACGAUGAGAAAGUGUUCGCCUCGUACCUUCAAUUCUGUGGAAUCGGUCUUCGGAACGCACAGUUGUAUGAAAGAUCUCAGUUGGAAGUGAAACGGAAUCAAGUCUUGUUGGAUCUGGCGAGGAUGGUGUUUGAAGAGCAGAGCACGAUCGAACACAUGGUGUUAAGGAUACUUACACACACGCAGAGUCUGAUAAGGUGUCAACGGGUACAGGUACUUCUAGUCCACGAGGCGUCUAAAGGCAGCUUCUCUCGUGUAUUCGACCUGGAGGCGGGCGACGAGACGGAGCCUAGGACGUCGCCUUAUGAGAGCAGGUUUCCUAUAAACAUUGGGAUCACCGGCUAUGUCGCCACUACGGGAGAAACAGUGAACAUAGCGGACGCUUACCUGGAUGCGAGGUUUGACCCUUCAGUGGACGAAGAUGCUGGCUUCAAACAUAACACCAUACUCUGUAUGGCUAUUAAGAAUUCUGAAGGAAGAAUUAUCGGUGUCAUACAACUUGUGAACAAAUUCGACGGGCUAUUAUUUACAAAGAACGAUGAGAAUUUCGUGGAGGCGUUCGCGAUAUUCUGCGGCAUGGGCAUACACAACACACACAUGUAUGAGAAGGCUAUCACUGCUAUGGCCAAGCAAAGUGUCACCCUCGAUGUUUUAAGUUACCACGCAUCCGCGUCUAUAGAUGAUGCUCAGAGGUUACGGACGUUACGGAUACCGUCGUCAGUACACUUUAAGUUGCACGAGCUGGAUUUCGACGACGUGGAGCUAUCCGACGAGGACACGCUGCGCGCCUGCCUGCGCAUGUUCCUCGACCUGGACUUCGUGGAGCGCUUCCACAUCGAGUACAGCGUGCUGUGCCGCUGGCUGCUCAGCGUCAAGAAGAACUACCGCAACGUCACUUACCACAACUGGAGGCACGCCUUCAACGUCGCCCAGAUGAUGUUCGCUAUACUCACUGAGACCCAAUGGUGGAAGAUUUUCGGCGAGCUGGAGUGCCUCGCGCUGAUCAUCGGCUGCCUCUGCCACGACCUCGACCACCGGGGGACCAACAACUCGUUUCAGAUCAAGGCAUCAUCCCCCCUCGCGCAGCUGUACUCCACGUCGACGAUGGAACACCACCACUUCGACCAGUGCCUGAUGAUCCUCAACUCCCCGGGGAACCAGAUCCUCGCCAAUCUCUCUUCCGACGACUACGAGCGUGUCGUCAAAGUUCUAGAAGAUGCUAUACUCUCUACCGACUUGGCAGUUUACUUCAGUAAGCGCACGGCGUUCAUCGAGCUGGUGAGCGCGGAGCGGUGGGGCGCGUGGGGCGCGUGCCCGGCGCGGCGCGGGCUGCUGCGCGCCAUGCUGAUGACGGCGUGCGACCUGGCCGCUAUCAGCAAGCCGUGGCCGGUGGAGCGGCGCGUGGCCGCGCUCGUCGCAGGAGAGUUCUUCAGGCAGGGAGACCUCGAGAGACAUAACCUCAAUCUCACGCCUAUCGACCUUAUGAACAGAGAUAAGGAGGACGAGCUGCCGGCGAUGCAAGUAAUAUUCAUCGACACCAUCUGCCUUCCUAUAUACGAGGCGUUCGCAGUACUAUCUCCAGCGCUACAGCCGAUGUUAGACCGCGUGAAGAGCAACCGAGCGCACUGGAUCGAUCUGGCGAACAAUGAAAAGUCUGGAAAAUUCGACUACAUAGCGAAGGAGGAGAGGAACGACAAGUCCAGCGCCAGCUCGCAAGAGGAUGAGCACGAGGACAGCAGCGGCGCAGGCAGCCUGUCAUCGGACACCAACUCCAAGUACGACCAACUCGAGAACCCCGUGGUGGGUCUAGUCAGUAACAACGCCCUUAUGCCGAGAGAACCCAAGUUCUGUCACCUCAAUGAGUUGAAUUGAGUUGGCAUCUUAAUAAAUUGGUUACAAGACCUGUCACCUCAAUAAAUUGAGUUACAUGAUCUGUCACCUCAAUAAAUUGAGUUACAUGACCUGUCACCUCAAUAAAUUGAGUUACAACACCUGUCAUCUCAAUAAGUUGAGUUACAUGACCUGUCACCUCAAUAAAUUGAGUUACAUGACCUGUCACCUCAAUAAAUUAAGUUACAUGAUUUUUGAGAAUUGUAUGAUCUGUCACCUUAAGAGUUUGAGUUUUAGUGCUGGCACCUCCACGAUUUGAACAGAUCGCGAUGUUUUUUGAGUGAAUUAAAGUAAUUAUGCGUCAUCUUUACGAUUUGAGAUUGCUGGCAACUCACAGAAUUGAAGUUACUUACGAUUUGAAUUGAAUAUAUUGUCAUUUCAACGAACUUGAUCUUGAAAACAUCAAAUAAUUCGUUAAUUUAGUUAGCAUUGAUCGUUUUGGCGGUUCUAUAGUAAUGAAGGCCAAUAGAGAUGCCAAAUCGUCCAUAGGAAGUUACUUUGUAGUCGUAAGUUAUUACGCUUUACUGAUCUGCGGGAAUUCUGUAAUUUUGUAUCGCUAUAGCGUGGAUGUAAUCGCACAUAGUGUGUACAUCGACUUAAAGGAAUUGAUUCUUUUAGGAAUAAACUAAUCUAGACGAUUAUAAGCUGUUAAUAGAUUUAAGGGCCUUAAUUACCAAAAUAAACUGGCCUAAUGUUAAAAAAAAUCAUAUCCAAAUUCCCUUACGUCGAUCUUGAAGAUUUUUUUGUUUACGUCACGGUUAUAUUGUUAACUAUAUCCAUUUGUACAUUAUUUAAUAAUUUUUUUUUGUAACUUUGUUCAAUAUUUCCUUGAAGGUUCUUUUCCACUUUCUGGCGCGUUCUUUUAAAGAGUAAUAUCUGUAUAUUUCAUUGAAUAGUUUGUAGUUACACUGUUUACGAAGUAAAAUUGUAUUUAAGAUAGUAUCGAGUAAUGGAUACUUUUCUAUCAAUAUCCUAAUUAAUUAGAAAAAGUAAUUUUACCUCAUUCGUCUAUUCCUGCAUACGCGAAGAUUUACUUGUGAAAAUGUUAGAUGUAUUUUGACUAAGAUACGCUAAUUAGAGUGUAUUCAAUGUAUUUUUGUGGUGUUUCCCGUUGGACCGUUCGGUUAACAGCAACGGGCCAACGGGAAACAUUAGUUUAGUUCGCUUCAUCGUGAGGCGUCACGCGCGGGCCUAACUGUAGUUAUGCUUAGCAAAUAAAUGACCAAAUACCAAAAAUUCUUAAUAUAGUUAGGUAUUGUGCUAAAUUAUUGAUUUCUUGUUUCCAGUUUUCAAAUGAAAUUUCAUGCUUUUGAGUAUUGUGAUGAUAGAGAUUUGAGUUAAGUUUUUUAUUUUUAAUUGCAUAGUAUUAAGUAGAUUUGUUUGAUUACUACACGUG